AUGCUGCUGGAUGACUACAUAAAGAAUGACAUUCUGUGGUCGGAAUUACCGGCCGAGGUCCAACUUAAACUCAAUAGUGAUGAAGGAGAAUAUGAUGCACGUAUCUUGAUAUACUUUUUGCAAAAUCAACUUGAAUAUGGCGGCAAGUUAAUAGCAAAGCGCAAGAUUGUGGGUGGUCUUAAGGUUACUCCUUUUAGUUAUUACCGCUCCAUUGUGUACCGAACAAUGAUUGCUGAGUGUUCCUAUGAUAGGAUUCCCAACUUCACGGCUGCUGCUUGUUAUCAAGUACUCGGAAUAGGAAGAAAUGAAUACAUUGAUCUAUUAAAUACUUAUAAGGGCCUUAUCUGUUCACCACAAGCCGAUUUAAAGGAGCCCCCUUCUGUUAUUCUGAACAAUCUGCUGCCCAAAGUUCCACUUGAUUGCAAAACUCUGGAACCCUGGUUUAUCGUUCGUGUUGGCUCGGUUAGCUUAGCUGACGUCGAAUCUUCUAGUCAAGAGGAAAAAGCCCUGUUGGAUAAAAUUAUUGACAACGACGUGGCUCUCAGUGCUGAAGUAAAGGAAACGUACUCAUGUCCUGGACUUAAAGUUUCUGACAUAUCAACGGGACUUCUUCAGCAGCUGUAUCGCCGGGGCCUGGUGUAUUUCGAUGUCCCUAUUUUCGAUGAUGACUGCAUUUCUGUUCCUACGCUGGACGGUUUCAUAAUGAAUCGAAUUACUGGUGACAGCUGUGAGACUAUGCUUUACAAAAUCUUUGUUUCCCUUGAUCCUCGGUCCUGCGUUCUUGACCUCGCGGUGGAUCUUGGUGUUCAGACUGAGUUGGUUAGAAAUGCUGCUUCAAUCUUCUGUCGACUUGGAUUUGCACAAAAGAGCAAAUCCAAGGGCACUGUAAAAGUUUCUUUGGACAACCUGAGUUCUGAGGACCAACACAGAAAUGUUCAUGAACUGUCAUGCCAGCUUGAGUCACCUGCACAGGGUCGUAUCGAUAUGCACUCCAGGAAGAUAGCUUUUAUCUUCGAUUCUACGAUUACUGCUUACCUUAUGUUAGGCAACCUCUCGGCUGAUCUGAAGAAGCAUUCUGUAACGAUGUUUGAGGUCGGCAAAUUGACUGGCCACUCACUAGAAGCUUUCUACAACAAGUUGAGCGCUGUAUCACAACUUCGCGAACAAGAUGUUGGCAUAUAUUAUGAACACGCUCGGUGUCUCAGUGAAACAAUGUACUCCCUCGCGAAGAGCUACUCUGUGCCCGAGGAUAAUACCCUGCUUAAUCUAGACUCUUUCGAUCUCCUGCGUUGCGGUUCCCUUGAAUCACUGGAACCCGUAACCAGGUCUCGUAUUCUGACAAAAAACUACGAUCUGCUUGUGUGUAUGGCUCCAUUAUCCUAUGAGGAAGCACAGGUUUUUGACGAAAGUUGGCCUCUUGUGCUUGGACCGCCCACGUCAGAGGCCAGUUCCCCAUGGUUUCGCUUUUUCGUUUGUUGUGCAGCGAGCGGGGCUGGCACCCAGCUGACCACCCACUGUCGUCGUAAUUUUGGCACAGAGUCUUGCACAAUGCCAGGAAUUCUACUCUGUCGUGGAUCCAGACUCGAUUGUCUUCCUGCUCCUCUCUCCUGUUUUUCACAUUUCUUAGUCACUUCCUGGGAUCAUGACCCAGUUUUCAUGGAUGUUUACACUUUGUUCAACGCCGUAAAUGACCUUGUCUUGAAUUCCCCCGUAUUUAUUCAAGUAAGUCAUAACUUCCAGGGUUUUCUUUCUUCUGACCUACGACUAAAAACUUCACUUUCAAAAAUUAAGUUGCUUGUCUAUUGGAGAUAUAUGAUUGCGCACAAAUAG